AUGGCUUCACACUUCAUGUUGUCAGUUCUGUCCUGGGUGUUAGUUAAACACUCCUGCAUUGAGAGUUCACCUGAAUGGUUUAAAACCAUUCCCACAGAGCUAUUCAACUUUUCUGGGGACAUAAAGCUCGGAGGGCUCUUUCAUAUUCAGGACUUGAACAACUCCUGCAACCUCAACCAAUGUAAAAGUUUAAAUGUACGUGGAUUGUCGCUUGCUUUGGUAAUGAAAUAUGCAGUGGAUGAGAUCAACGGGAACCCGAGUCUGCUUCCUGGCGUCAAAUUAGGUUAUGAAAUCUAUGAUACAGCAGGCAAUUCUUCUGUUGUUGUGAAACCUUCGAUGUCCUUCCUCACGGCGAAAUCAACCAACACACUCUCUGUAAAGUGUAAUUACACCAACUAUGAGACAAGCGUAGCAGCUGUGAUUGGUCCUGAAACCUCAGAAAUGGUGUCUGUCAUUGGAAAGCUCCUGGGAUUUUUUCUAAUGCCUCAGAUUAGCUACGGCGCCACCAGUGACAAAUUCAGUGACAGUCUUGUCUACCCAUCAUUCUUCCGCACGGUGCCCACUGAUAAAUGGCAAGUGGAUGCCAUUGCACGUCUUAUGACAGUUUUUAAUUGGACCUGGGUGGCGGUAGUGGGCAGCGAAGAAGAGUAUGGACAACGUGGCGUGCAGCAGUUUUCCAAAAUUGCAGAGAAUAUGUCUGUCUGUGUGGCGUAUCAAGGCUUGAUUCCCGUCUACACUGAUGCAAAACCUGCAAUCAAUACCAUUAUUAAAAAUAUCGAAGAUACUGAGGUCAAGGUGGUGGUGGUCUUUUCUCUUGAAGAACAGGCCAUGCUCUUUUUUGAAGAGGUCAUCAAGAGGAACUUGACAGGUGUAUGGAUUGCAAGCUCUAGCUGGGCCAUCAAUGAUCUUCUGACUUCUCUCCCCAACAUCAAAACAAUUGGAACAGUUAUUGGAUUAAUUGACACAACAGUUGAAAUUGAUCAGCUAAUUCCAUACACGCAUGCACUCUUCACCAAACUGCACGAGGAGAGAGCAAAUACAUCUCCUCACGCAGAAAGGCAAAGCGAUCCCCCAAAUCCCUGCCCACAAUGUUGGAACUUGUCACCUGCUAACAUCAGCUUGGUGGAUAACACUGUUGUGAAUAGAACCGCUUUUGGUGUGUAUGCUGCUGUCUACAGUGUGGCAGAGGCACUGCAUAAAUUACUACAGUGUAAUUCAACUGCUUGUAAGUGGAGAUCAAGCAGCAUAAUCUAUCCCUGGAAGCUCUUGGAAGCUUUGAGGAACACCUCCAUCAACAUAAAAGGCACUAAAUUAGAGUUUGAUGAAAGUGGCAACCCAAAUUUAGGGUACAAUGUGAUUCAGUGGAAUUGGGGAUCCUCAGGUGUGGAUUUUGAUGAUGUUGGAAAUUAUUCCCAAGAACAACUGAGCCUCAAUAUAUCUCUCUUCAAAUGGCACACAAAUGACUCAUCGGUUCCUACAUCUACUUGCUCAGCAAAAUGCGGGGCCGGCCAGGUCCGCCGAGUCAAAGGCUUCCAUUCCUGCUGUUUUGACUGCAUAGACUGUGUGGCAGGAACUUACCAAGCAAAUCCCUCUGACAUCCAGUGUACCAAAUGUCCUAAUGGUCGGUGGUCCAAGAAUCGAAGCACUAAUUGCACAGACCCUAUUUACAAAGUGCUGGCAUGGGACACACCUGAGGCCAAGAUUAUGAUCCUGGCAGUGACAUUACUGCUCAUAUGUCAGGGGUCAGUUUGUGUCGUGUUCCUGAUGCAUCGAGGGACCCCCGUGGUGAUGGCCUCGGGUGGUGCCCUGAGUUUUGUGGCUCUGUUCAGCUUGAUGGGAGCGGGUUUAAGCCUGCUACUCUUCCUGGGACAGCCGGGAGAUUUGGUGUGUCGACUCCAGCUACCUCUCAUCUCCAUUUUCCAAACCGUCGCCCUCUCUAUUAUCACGUCUGUCUCACUACAGAUAUUCUUUGUGACAGAGUUCCCAGAAGUGGCGGCAUCUUACCUGCAGAAGAUAAGAGGACCAGGAAGUUGGCUGUGUCUGCUAAUCUGCUGUGUUGUGGAGGCAGGUCUCUGUGGUUGGUUUGUUCAAGAAGGACCCUCUCUGACGGACCAUGUGGCAAAUAUGACAAUAAACUUUGUGGAGUCAUUUCUUGCAUGUCCAGUGCAGCCAUUCAAACUUGCUAUAAUGCAAGGAUUUAAUGGCUCAAUGGCCCUUGUGUCAUUCAUGUGCACCUUCAUGGCUGCCAGGCCUCUUCAUCAGUACAACCUGGCCAGAGACAUCACCUUUUCCACCCUGAUCUACUGUGUGGUUUGGGUAGUUUUUAUACCAGUGUACACAGGCUUCACAAUAUCUCAUGUCAAUGAGGUAAAAAAAAUGUCUAUUAUCCAUGUUUAUUUUUCUUUGGUAGGUAACUUGGGGUUGGUGGUUGCAUAUUACUUCCCAAAGUGCUACUUCCUGUUAAGGAGACCUGACUUUAACACAGCAGAGCACUUCUGUACCUUCUUGGAGGGUGUCCCACCAAAGCAGCCUCAGGAGGAGCAACAACCACCGUCACAGUCUGACAGAUAAACAAGAAGUCUCACAACACAAUAUUUAUGAAUAAUAAAUGUGGCCAAGAUUUAUAUAAUUUAGCCAAAUUUUUCAAGUUUCCUUGUAUAUUAAAAUGGAUUGCUUAUAGUUCUCAGCUUGUAGAUUACAUCAGUUACUUUUACACUGAGAUAAAGAUGCUUUACUACUUAAAGAAUUUUUAGGCAUUUAAAACACAAUACAUGUUAACUGGACAAACAGAAGUGAUAAAUUGUGUAUAUAUUUUU